GGGAGAGCGUUGGGCUCCGCCGCGCCGCGCCGCGCUGGGCGCUCGGUCAGCCUCAGCGGUGGGGAGCGAGCCAGGCCUCCCGCCGCCAGCGCUGUGUCGGGGUGUGCAGCCCCGGGCCAGGUCCCGGCCGGGGCAGGAGCCCAGAAACGAGGAUCCUCCCUUCCACCAGGUGUAGAGAGGGCAUCUCUCGCGUGAGGGUCUAAGGGCCUGCUUCAGGGUAGAAGAGAAGAUCAGAGAGUUCUUUCUGCACCUGUCAUUUCUCACAUUGCUUCAGUGUACAAUAUUCACUAUGCCAAGGCGCACCGUAUUUUGCACUAACUAAUCGCUGGUCAGUUUCCCCAGAGACGUCUCUUCUUAUCUCCGCUGCCUGGAAGUGAAGCCCUGACUGUCUGCCUUUUGAGAAAGAGCCUCUGUUAUGCAUCUAAAGCCAUACUGGAAACUCCAGAAGAAAGUGCAACCUCUGGAAAUCAGCAAGGAAACUCUGAGAACUCCUAUGAGCCACCAACAGGCUGUAAAUGAUGAAAAAUGCAAAGCUAGCUAUAUGAAACUAAGUGUCUUUCCUUCAGCCUCUCUUGGUAAAGCAUCAUCUCAAAAGCCUCUUGGAAUCCUUUCUCCAAAUGUUCUGUGCAGCAUGAGUGGGAAGAGUCCUGAAGAGAGCACCUUGAAUGUUAAAACCAAGAAGCAUGCACCGUCUGCAACAAUCCACCAGGGUGAAGAAGGGGAAGGGCCGCUUGAUAUCUGGGCUGUUGUGAAACCAGGAAACACCAAGGAAAAGAUUGCAUUCUUUGCAGCCCACCAGUGUAGUAAUAGAAUAGGAUCUAUGAAAAUAAAAAGCUCCUGGGAUAUUGAUGGGAGAGCUACUAAAAGAAGGAAGAAAUCAGGGGAUCUUAAAAAAGCCAAGAUACAGUUAGAAAGGAUGAAGGAAGUCAACAGUAGAUGCUACCAGCCUGAGCCUUUUGCGUGUGGCAUUGAGCACUGUUCUGUGCAUUACGUGAGUGACAGUGGGGAUGGUGUCUAUGCCGGGAGGCCUCUGUCGGUCAUACAGAUGGUUGCCUUGCUCGAGCAAAGAGCCAGUGCUCUGCUAGCCAGUUGUGCAAAAAACUGCACUAACUCACCUGCCAUGGUGCGGUUUUCUGGGCAAUCCAGAGGUGUGCCCCCAGCCUCUGAGCCCUUGUCUGCCCCAGGAGCAUGUGAAGAACCCAUGGAAAGGAGAAAUCCUGAGGUCGGUGAACCACAGAGUGAGCCAGUCCGUGUCCUUGACAUGGUAGCCAGGCUGGAGUCUGAGUGCUUGAAACGGCAGAGCCAGCGUGAGCCUGGGAGCCUCUCGAGGAAUAACAGCUUCCGUCGCAAUGUGGGCCGUGUAUUGCUUGUGAAUGGCACUCAGGCUGAGGAAAGCAAAACAAACAAAGGCGCCUUGGAGGUACCUGACACUCAGGUGAAAACUGGGGGGUCUGUAUCUGUGGACUGUGGCCCCUUAAGAGCUGACCGUUGUUCUUCUAAGGGGGACCAGGCCUGGGCUGGCGCUCCUCAGGGCUGUCCCUCACUGUCGGCAGGCGCAAGUUUGCACACGGACUGUGCACAGCUAGAGCCAGGUCAGCAGACUGCCAGGAAAAACAGCAAUAGACAUGAUGUGGAAAUGACAGAGGAACUCGUUGGGUCACCUUUCCCUCCUCGCACCCGUCCCCAAGCCAUGGAAUUGCCCACAGAUGCUGUUGAUGGCAUGAGUGACGCGCUUGUGCCGCUUGCCAGCCAGUGUCCUGGUCAGAGAAGAAAAGAGUCUUUGUGCAUUAGUAUCACUGUGCCCAAGGCAGAGAAAGACCAGCCUUCCAGUUCAGAGUCCUGCGGAGACCCACUUCCUGGGAUGUUGUUUUUUUUGCCGUCUGGUCAGCACCAGUUGGGCUGUUCCCAGGUGAAUGGAAGCACAACAGAAGACUCUACCGAGGCCAGUCAGCUUGAAGGUGCCGCUGAGGGUGACAGUGCAUCUGAGGAAAGAAGUGUCUCAGCUGAUUCAUUUGUCACUUUGGCCUCGCCUGUGGAAAGUACAUUACCAGCACUUGAGGCAUCCAUUUGGAAGAAGCAGGUGUCACAUGACUUUCUGGAGACCAGGUUUAAAAUCCAGCAGCUUCUGGAACCUCAGCAGUACAUGGCUUUCCUUCCCCACCACAUUAUGGUGAAAAUCUUCAGGUUACUUCCCACUAAGAGUUUAGUGGCUCUUAAAUGUACCUGCUGCUAUUUCAAGUUUAUCAUUGAAUAUUACAAUAUCCGGCCAGCAGAUUCUCGCUGGGUUCGGGAUCCACGCUAUAGAGAGGAUCCGUGCAAGCAGUGCAAGAAAAAAUAUGUGAAAGGGGACGUAUCCCUGUGCCGGUGGCACCCCAAGCCCUAUUGCCAGGCAUUGCCCUAUGGGCCAGGAUACUGGAUGUGCUGCCACAGGUCUCAGAAGGGCUUCCCUGGCUGUAAGCUGGGGCUUCAUGACAAUCACUGGGUCCCUGCUUGCCAUAGCUUUAAUCGGGCGAUCCAUAAGAAAGCAAAAGGGACUGAAAUGGAAGAGGAAUACUAAAGUCUGUGUGCAUGGCAACGGACUGAUUUUUAAAACUGCAAAACACCACCUAGAUAGACCGUUCCAGUGAGUAUUGCCUCUCAGAGUCAUCCCUCCAGGAGAAUCUCUGCUACUCUAUCAGCACCGCCAUUGCUCAGGCAUCUUAAGUCUCUGAAAUUACAAGCUGUAUAAGAAAAUCGAUCUCAUCAUUUUAUAGUGGUGCCUCACGUUUGAUCCAGGUGUAUCCCACGGUUUGAUUCACUUGGUUGUGAAUAACUAUGCCGGUUUUCCCAUUUCUAAUUCUUCUUCAAAGGACGAAGACUUGCCACCAUCAAGAAUGUGCAGCAGAGUUUAUCACAAACUAUGCAGGCAAUCCCCAAAAAGGGGUUCGGGGACUGCUUUGAGCACUGGCACCGUAUUUGAAAUAGUGACUAGUGUCCUAUGAAAAUAGCAAUACUCUUGGAUGAAAAGUAUGCUUACAAAGAAAAGUCAGGCACCUUACCUUAGACCUUGUAUGCUUGAUCUGUAAGAUUGAUGUUUGUGGUUGAAGAUGGAUUUCAUGCCCUGUGGUGUUUACAGUGUAUAUAAUGGUUGUGUUUUCAUAGGGCUAUUGAAGUGCACAUUAAACCCCAGCGCCUUUACUUUAGAUGAGUGCUUUUGGCCCCUCUGUAAAUAACACUAUUAAAAUCCAGUUGUACAUAGUGGACAGCUGACUGAACGUAAUCACCACAAUGCAGCUAGGGUAGUGUUGCAGCUACAAUUGUGUGGGGUUUUUUGUUUUUGUUUUGGUCUCGUCUCAAGUUUGUAUAAAAUAUGAAUGUUUCCCAAAUAAACUAUGAAUGUUUUCUGUAUAAUAUAUGAAUGUUUCUGAGAAGAAACUCUAAAUAGUGAAGAGGUUAACCUGUUGAAAGGAUACCAAAUAAUGGUUUAACUGGACAACCUUAAAAAUUAGUAUAGAGAACAAUCCUUUGUUAUAUUUUAGUGAUUCGUCAAGAAUGAGAGAAUAUUACAUAGUCAGAUUAUAACAUUCUUGUCUAUUUUAUUCUGUCUGGUUACAAAUUUUUUUUUAACUUCAAUAAAAACGCAUCUUAA